AUGUCUAAAAAGUAUAAUAAGUAUAUCAAAGAUGCUACUGGAAAAGAAAUUGAUAAAAAUGUUAUAGAAAGAUUAGUUGCAGAAAGAGAAUCAAUCAAAGAUAAAAUAAUUCAAUUAGAAACUGAUAUUAAUGGAAUAAAAAAUAACACGGGUGGAAAUUAUCAAAAUCUUUCUAAUCAAUUCCAUCAAGAUGCCAAAGUUAAGGCUCAUUAUGCCAAAACUUUCGGGACAACUGGUAUUGCUUACAAAGAUAAUAUUUACAAAGCAAAUAUCAAUGGAACUGAAUAUGAAAUAACCGAAGAACAA